AUGUCGCAACAUGCUGAUAAGCGCGAACAGAGCUUCCUCACUAAGGGUCAAGACGCACUGACCAGACAUGGAUCCCGGGACUGCGCGAAGGAGGCCUGUAAAGGCUUGUUCGGAAUGCCGCCAGUGUGUGUCAUCGAUUCCACGUUCAAGAGAACACCAACGCGACUACGCCUACAGUCCGUCACGAACGAACUACGACAACUGAGAGAAGCUCUUAAUGCUCAGGCAACAGAAGCCGCUUCUAAGACCGCGAGCACCCCGUCUGCAAGCGAUUCUACAUCGUCUGUGGCACUUCGAGACAAGUCUCGUGUUGGGCAGCAGCGAGCACUUCCUUCAAGCGACCCCUUCGGCCUGAAUCAGGACGAAAGCUGCCUUCUCCGGCUGAAAGAAGCGCAACUCGAGGGGUGUAGCUUCGACCAGAAUGAUAUUCGGAACUUAUUUUUGUUGUAA